CCGGAGCGCACACGCACCGGACGGUAGUCCGUGUGGCCGGCCUUGCUGACCAUGAAUGGGACGGCCAAUGUGAGCUCUGCCAGCCGCCCCCAUCACGCCUCCGCCAUCCCUGUGCCUCGAGCUGCCUCCCAGACCUGGAUUCACGCCGCGGGCGCCUCUCCACAGCUGCGGCCGCGCCAGGCUGGCCUGGCCCUGAGCCCACAGCGAGCGGCCUCCCCGAGACUGGGCAAGGCCGCAGGCCCCUCCAGAGGCUCCUCUCCUAAGGCCUCCCGGGGGAGAGGCUCCCCCAGGGCUUCCGGGGCAGUGAGAGAGUCGGCCGAGGGUGCUGACAGCCUCCCCAGCUCCCCAUGGAGCAGCCCCAGGGCAACCCCCAAAGCAGCCAUGUCCGGCUGGGCUGGGCCCAGAAGAGGAGCGGAACCACCGGGCUCCCAGGGAAGGAAGAAGGUGGCCCGGGAAGGGAUUCCCAUCCGCCAGACUCGGGGCAGGAGCCCACCCUGGCCGAGCGCCGGCUCUCGGGGAGAAACCCACACACCAGGGGCUCCUGAAGCUCCAAAGGCUGCUGACGGCCCGGGAAACGAUCAGAGAGGCAGCCACAGAGCUUCCGGGGUCCCCAGGCCUUCGGAGCCUGAGGCAGGGGCGGCCUCAGGGGCACCCUCCACAGCCUGCAGCCCCGUGCAGAGCAGACGGCCUUCCCCAGCCCCGGGGACCAUCAGCUUCUCCUCAGGCCAUCAGCAGAGCCAACCGGUCACAGCCACGGUGGCCCCCUUCCAGUACAGGUUGCAGACGGACCAGGAGCCUGGCCCACUCCCCCAGGCCAGCUGGGCCAUGGACGGCUACUCCGGCCCCCCUGACGGGACUGAGGACAGCUUCUCCUGCAUGGACGCGCGGAUCGUCCAUGCGCUCCUCGCAGGCAGAAUGCUGGGCAGCGGCGUCAAGAGCGCGCAGCCCGAGGUGGAGCUGAGCGGCGGCGGCGGCGGCGAGGGCGCCGAGGAGCCCCGGGGCGCGGGCAGGAAGGCGGCGGACGGCAGAGGCAUGCUGCCCAAGCGCGCCAAGGCGCCCGGCGGCGGCGGCGGCGUGGCCAAGGCCAGCGCGGCGGAGCUGAGGGUCUUCAAGUCCGGCAGCGUGGACGGCCGGGUGCCCGGCGGGCCGCCCGCCUCCAACCUGCGCAAGCAGAAGUCGCUCACCAACCUGUCGUUCCUCACGGACUCGGAGAAGAAGCUGCAGCUGUACGAGCCGGAGUGGAGCGACGACAUGGCCAAGGCGCCCAAGGGCUUGGGCAAGGGGGGCUCCAAAGGCCGCGAGGCCCCGCUCAUGUCCAAGACGCUGUCCAAGUCGGAGCACUCGCUGUUCCAGGCCAAGGGAGGCCCCGCGGGCGGCGCCAAGACCCCCCUGGCCCCGCUGGCGCCCAGCCUGGGCAAGCCGAGCCGCAUCCCGCGCGGCCCCUACGCCGAGGUCAAGCCGCUCAGCAAGGCUCCGGAGGCGGCCGUGAGCGACGACGGCAGGUCGGACGACGAGCUGCUCUCCAGCAAGGCCAAGGCGCAGAAGGGCUCCGCGGCGCUGCCCUCCGCCAAGGGCCCGGAGGAGCGCGCCUUCCUCAAGGUGGACCCCGAGCUCGUGGUGACGGUGCUGGGGGACCUGGAGCAGCUGCUUUUCAGCCAGAUGCUGGACCCAGAGUCCCAGAGGAAGAGGACAGUGCAGAAUGUGCUGGACCUGCGGCAGAACCUGGAAGACACCAUGUCCAGCCUGCGAGGGUCCCAGGUGACUCACAGCUCCCUGGAGAUGACCUGCUAUGACAGUGACGACGCCAACCCUCGCAGCGUGUCCAGCCUCUCCAACCGCUCCUCCCCGCUGUCCUGGCGCUACGGCCAGGCCAGCCCCAGGCUGCAGGCCGGCGAUGCGCCCUCGGUGGGCGGGGGCUGCCGCUCAGAGGGGCCGCCCGCCUGGUACGCGCACGGGGAGCGCGCCCACUACUCGCACACCAUGCCCAUGCGCAGCCCCAGCAAGCUCAGCCACGUCUCCCGCCUGGACUCGGACGACGCAGACCUCAAGUCCGGCUACAUGAGCGAUAGCGACCUCAUGGGCAAGACCAUGACGGAGGACGACGACAUCACCACCGGCUGGGAUGAGAGCAGCUCCAUCAGCAGCGGGCUCAGCGACGCCUCGGACAACCUCAGCUCGGAAGACCUCAACGCCAGCUCCUCUCUCACCUCCCUGCCGACCACCCCCACCGCCUCUCGCAGGAACUCGACGAUCGUGCUGCGCACAGACUCCGAGAAGCGCUCCCUGGCAGAGAGCGGGCUGAGCUGGUUCAGUGAAUCGGAGGAGAAGGCCCCCCAAAAGUUGGAGUACGACAGCGGGAGCCUGAAGAUGGAGCCCGGGAGCUCCAAGUGGCGGAGGGAGCGGCCUGAGAGCUGUGACGACGCAUCCAAAGUCGGAGAGCUGAAAAAGCCCAUCAGCUUGGGACACCCUGGGUCCCUGAAGAAGGGCAAGACCCCGCCCGUGGCGGUCACCUCCCCCAUCACUCACACAGCCCAGAGUGCCCUCAAAGUUGCAGGUAAACCUGAAGGCAAAGCCACGGACAAGGGCAAGCUGGCCGUGAGGAACACCGGGCUGCAGCGCUCCUCCUCCGACGCCGGCCGGGACCGCCUGGGUGACGCCAAGAAGCCGCCCUCGGGCAUCGCCCGGCCCUCCACCUCGGGCUCUUUCGGCUACAAGAAGCCUCCUGCCACGGGCACAGCCACCGUCAUGCAGACUGGGGGCUCGGCCACGCUUGGCAAGGCCCAGAAGUCCUCGGGCAUCCCUGUGAAGCCAGCGAACGGGCGCAAGACCAGCCUGGACGUGUCCAACAGCGCGGAGCCCGGCUUCCUGGCCCCGGGAGCUCGCUCCACCAUCCAGUACCGCAGCCUGCCCCGGCCGGCCAAGUCCGGCUCCAUGAGCGUGACCGGUGGGAGGGGCGGGCCGCGCCCUGUCAGCAGCAGCAUUGACCCUAGCCUGCUGGGCGCCAAGCAGGGGGCCCUCACGCCAUCCAGACUGAAGGAGCCUUCCAAGGUGGCCAGCGGGCGCGCCACGCCAGCCCCUGUCAAUCAGACAGACCGGGAAAAGGAGAAGGCCAAAGCCAAGGCGGUGGGCCUGGACGCAGACAGCAUCUCCCUCAAGAGCAUCAGCUCCCCGGAGACCACGCCCAAGAACCCAGCCGGCCAUCCCCCGGCCAGCAAGUUGGCAGAGCUGCCACCAACCCCCGUCAGGGCCGCAGCAAAGAGCUUUGUCAAGCCGCCCUCGCUAGCCAGCCUGGACAAGGUCAACUCCAACAGCCUGGACCUGCCGUCGUCCGGUGACCCUCACGCUCCGAAGGUCCCUGAUCUGCACGCUGCCAGCUCAGCCGCCGGGGGCCCCCUGUCUUCUUGCUUCACCCCCAGCCCGGCCCCCAUCCUCAAUAUCAAUUCAGCCAGCUUCUCUCAGGGCCUGGAGCUCAUGAGUGGGUUCAGCGUCCCCAAAGAGGCCCGCAUGUACCCCAAACUCUCAGGCCUGCACAGGAGCAUGGAGUCCCUCCAGAUGCCGAUGAGCCUGCCCAGUGCCUUCCCCAGCAGUUCCCCCAUCCCCACCCCACCUGCCCCACCGGCCGCGCCCCCCCAGGAAGACACAGAAGAGCUGACCUGGAGCGGAAGCCCCCGAGCUGGGCAGCUGGACAGUAAUCAGCGGGACCGAAACACUCUGCCCAAGAAAGGUCUCAGGCACCAGCUCCAGUCCCAGGAGGACGGCAAGGAGAGACGACACUCCCACACCAUUGGUGGGCUGCCCGAGUCGGACGACCCGUCGGAGCUGCCUUCGCCUCCUGCGCUGUCCAUGUCCCUGAGUGCGAAGGGCCAGCUUACCAACAUAGCGAGCCCCGCCGCGGCCACCACGCCAAGAAUCACCCGCUCCAACAGCAUCCCCACCCACGAGGCGGCCUUCGAGCUGUACAGCGGCUCCCAAAUGGGGAGCACCCUGUCCCUGGCCGAGAGACCCAAGGGCAUGAUCCGGUCAGGAUCCUUCCGAGACCCCGCGGACGACGUCCACGGCUCGGUGCUGUCGCUGGCGUCCAGUGCGUCCUCCACCUAUUCCUCAGCUGAGGAGAGGAUGCAGUCUGAGCAAAUCCGGAAGCUUCGGAGGGAGCUGGAAUCGUCGCAGGAGAAAGUGGCCACCCUGACGUCUCAGCUUUCUGCCAACGCUAACCUCGUGGCAGCUUUCGAGCAGAGCCUGGUGAACAUGACAUCCCGCCUCCGGCACCUGGCAGAGACGGCCGAGGAGAAGGACACGGAGCUGCUGGAUUUGCGAGAAACCAUAGACUUUCUGAAGAAAAAGAACUCGGAGGCCCAGGCAGUCAUCCAGGGAGCCCUCAAUGCCUCGGAAAGCACGCCCAAAGAACUUCGGAUCAAGAGGCAGAACUCCUCAGAUAGCAUCUCGAGUCUCAACAGUAUCACCAGCCACUCCAGCAUCGGCAGCGGCAAGGACGCAGACGCCAAGAAGAAGAAGAAGAAAAGCUGGGUCUAUGAGCUUCGAAGUUCCUUCAACAAAGCCUUCAGUAUAAAAAAGGGGCCCAAGUCAGCUUCCUCGUACUCGGACAUCGAGGAGAUCGCCACCCCCGAUUCCUCGGCCCCCUCGUCCCCCAAACUGCAGCACGGCUCCACAGAGGCCGCUUCGCCCUCCAUCAAGUCCUCCAACUCGUCUUCCGUGGGCGUCGAUGCCCCUGAGGCCCCUGCUCACUCGGCCCCCCACGCGAGGCUGUUCCACGCCAGUGAGGAGGACGAGCCGGAGAAGAAGGAGGUGUCUGAGCUGCGCUCCGAGCUGUGGGAGAAAGAGAUGAAGCUGACAGACAUCCGCCUGGAAGCCCUUAACUCCGCCCACCAGCUGGACCAGCUCCGGGAGACCAUGCACAACAUGCAGCUGGAGGUGGACCUGCUGAAAGCAGAGAACGACCGGCUGAAGGUCGCCCCGGGCCCCUCGUCAGGCGCCCCCCCAGGGCAGGCCCCUGGGUCAUCCGCAUUGUCAUCACCUCGCCGCUCGCUGGGCCUCGCUCUCACCCACUCCUUCAGCCCAAGUCUCACAGACACAGACCUGUCGCCCAUGGAUGGCAUCAGCUCCGGUGGCCCCAAGGAGGAGGUCACCCUUCGCGUGGUGGUGCGGCUGCCCCCCCAGCACAUCAUCAGAGGGGACCUGAAGCAGCAGGAGUUCUUUCUGGGCUGCAGCAAGGUCAGUGGGAAGGUGGACUGGAAGAUGCUGGAUGAAGCUGUUUUCCAGGUGUUCAAGGACUACAUUUCUAAGAUGGACCCAGCGUCAACCCUGGGCCUUAGCACCGACUCCAUCCACGGCUACAGCAUCAGCCACGUGAGACGCGUGCUGGAUGCAGAGCCCCCUGAGAUGCCUCCCUGCCGCCGAGGUGUCAAUAACGUGUUGGUCUCCCUCAAAGGUCUAAAGGAGAAGUGUGUGGACAGCCUGGUGUUCGAGACGCUGAUCCCCAAGCCCAUGAUGCAACACUACAUCAGCCUCCUGCUCAAGCACCGGCGCCUGGUCCUCUCGGGCCCCAGCGGCACCGGCAAGACCUACCUGACCAACCGGCUGGCGGAGUACCUGGUGGAGCGCUCCGGCCGCGAGGUCACCGAGGGCAUCGUCAGCACCUUCAACAUGCACCAGCAGUCUUGCAAGGAUCUGCAGCUGUACCUCUCCAACCUGGCCAACCAGAUCGACCGGGAGACGGGAAUCGGGGAUGUGCCCCUGGUGAUCCUGCUGGACGACCUGAGUGAGGCCGGCUCCAUCAGCGAGCUGGUCAACGGGGCCCUCACCUGCAAGUACCACAAAUGCCCCUAUAUCAUAGGCACCACCAACCAGCCUGUGAAGAUGACACCCAACCACGGCUUGCACUUGAGCUUCAGGAUGCUCACCUUCUCCAACAACGUGGAGCCAGCCAACGGCUUCCUGGUGCGCUACCUGAGGCGGAAGCUGGUGGAGUCAGACAGCGACGUCAAUGCAAACAGGGAAGAGCUGCUGCGGGUGCUUGACUGGGUGCCCAAGCUCUGGUACCACCUGCACACCUUCCUGGAGAAGCACAGCACCUCGGACUUCCUCAUAGGCCCCUGCUUCUUCCUGUCCUGUCCCAUCGGCAUUGAGGACUUCCGGACCUGGUUCAUCGACCUGUGGAACAAUUCCAUCAUCCCGUACCUGCAGGAAGGCGCCAAGGACGGGAUCAAGGUACACGGACAGAAAGCCGCCUGGGAGGACCCAGUGGAGUGGGUCCGGGACACUCUUCCCUGGCCGUCGGCCCAACAGGACCAGUCAAAGCUGUACCACCUGCCGCCCCCCACCGUGGGCCCUCACAGCAUCGCCUCACCCCCUGAGGACAGAACAGUCAAAGACUGCACCCCAAGUUCUCUGGACUCAGACCCUCUGAUGGCCAUGCUGCUGAAACUUCAGGAAGCUGCCAAUUACAUCGAGUCUCCCGAUCGAGAAACCAUCCUGGACCCCAACCUCCAGGCAACGCUCUGAGGGCCCAGUAGUCACUGUCACCCCGACAGCAGCGCGCGGCGCCAGCUCUGUGGGCUCCUCCUCUCCCUGCUCCUCUUUGGGGGCCUGGCUCCCUGGCCCGGAGGUGACAGGAGGGAGGAGGAGGGGAGGACCAGGGCAGGGUCUCGGCGCUGCACCUCUGAGAACGUCCCAGUACGGACUGGUGGGGUGGCGUGUGGGGACGUAUGUCCCCUAGACACGUGGACUGGCCUCCUGUCAUGACUCUGGGAAGAAGAUGAUCCUGGGUCUUCCUCCUUGGUGUCUCGUCUCAUUACAGACUCCUGGGCUUUCUGGGGAGGGGUUCGGAAGACAUGAAAAGAACCUGCAGUGGUUCCUUCCCGAGACGUCCUGUGCGGGGAACCUGAGGGCAGUGCAGACCCUCCCCAGCCCCGUCACCACUGCCAACAACUCCUCCCCGAGAUCUGGCUGGAGCCCAGAAAAAGCAGCAUGUGGUUUAAAAAACGUUUGACUCAAUCUGUAAAUGAUAAAAAAAAAAUAAAAAAAAAGGAAGAAAAAAAAAAAACAGAGAAGAUGAAGCUGGAGAGGGGAGCCAGGUGCCAAGACGGGGAGCGCCGCCGGCCCCCGGAUGAUGCAGGGACAGCUGCCAAGCCGAGAAGUCGCCAAACCCCAAAACAACGUCACAGCCUUCAGAGAACGCCGGCCAGAUCGGUCUCUACCCCUAACUUAACGCACGAGCGUCAAUAAACCCCUCUUUUUAUUUUUCAUUUUUGUUUUUUGUUUUGCUAUUUUUUCCUCCCAUUCGCCUAUUUAUUUUCCUUUUCUUUCUUUUCUUUUUCUUUUUUUUUUUUUUCCCAUCUCCUCACACAUUCAUGAGAUGCUUGGGCUGCUUUUCCAGGGGCUGGUUUGGCUUUUCCAAGUGGAUUUUCUGUGGAGAAUCUGACGCCAUCCAGUUGGCACAGCUGGGCACCCUCCAUGCUGCUACCUUUGGCAUCUGUGGGGCUCGUACGGGACAUGAAACAUUGGUUCAGAAAUAGUGGGAGAAGAGGGACUGUGACCGCCCUACGAGAAAGCACACAUCCCGCCUGGGAGCUCAGCCGCCAGCCUCGUGGGGGGGGGUGUCGCCCCGUCUUGACAAGAGGGCUGCUCAGCUUCACCACGGACUAGAGGAAAAUGGGGAAACGAGAAACGUUCUUAGUUCUGCCGCCUGUCGGCCCUCACGGCGCGGUUCUGGUGGCGGCCACUUUGCUUGGCUCCAUUCCAACUCCUAGCGGGCCUUUACUACUGGUUUGUGGCAAGUGAAAAUUCACAUAUAAGAGACCGGACAUCCGUGUGGCAUAGUCCCCAUCAGAAUAUGAGGCUCUAGGCAUGUGUUUGGUGGCAGAGAUGUGCCUUCAGCAGGGAUCUGCCUUCUGUAGAAGCCGCCCGGAGACCUGGUGGUCUGUCUUCCUUCAUUCCACUAAGUAGCUCAAAAAAGACUUGGGCCCGUGCGUUCUCCACGUAGUAGGACAUCCCCUUGUUAUCUAGACCUUCAGGGUCAGCUGAGAAAUGGAGCCAAAGCCUCCGGAGCCAGCUGGGGAGGCCUUUGGGGCUGAAGGCCUGGAAUCCGGUAGGCUGGGCCUGGAGGACGGUGGGGUUCUUGCUUAUCGGGGGGGCGUCUCCUUCCUGCCAUUUCUGAACUGCCUGGGGAGGCUCAUGUCCCAUCCCGGACGCAGCACCUCGGGGUGUGACGAGCGGGCCCCGCGUUUGCUCUUCAGCUUCCUGAGUGGCACAAGACCUUGUCCAAGUCUACAGGCACGCUCACCAGGACCGCGCUCCCACCCACCCGGGGUGCAGGCGUCUGAGUCCUCACAUCAGAAUGUUUUCAUUUAGGGCCAAACAAUGAUCUGGAUUGUUCCCCGAGCAAGCUUCUGCCUCUGCCCAGGAAUGCUGGGCCUUUACACCGGACGGAGGCCGUUACUGCAAUGGCUGCUGUCCGUGUGCCGUGAAGAUCUCCCACCCAAGUCAACGGUAAAAUACGGUGGGAAGAGGCUGGCUGAGGAUGGUGCUGACAUCAUUGCCUUAAGGUCCCUGCUGUGUGGAAUGAGGCAGCCCCAGCGCCGAGAAAGGGAAGAUGGCCGGGCCUCCUUCAAACCCAGGCCCCUUCCGAGCCCUGGCCCCAUGGCAGGGCUCAGACUCUCAAUGCCAUCUUCACCCGGUAGUUGAGCCCUUAACUCUGCAUUUUCUGGUGCUGCGCAGCCAGUGCCUUCUGUCAUCGGUGUGACUGGCUACUUGACAAAAAGGAAAGGGGACAGCCCCUUCCUCCAUUCCAACUGCCUCAGACCCCCAAAGGGAUUCUUGUCCGCCUGGUAGCCAUGGAUACCACCGUGCAUUUUACUUGGAGCUUCAGCGGGUUGAUUUCUGGGGGCCUCUCUUGUUCCAGCUUCUCGUCUGUUCCUGGGAUGCACCCCCUCCCUCUGCUCUCACUUGAUCGCUGCAUUUAGCCCAGGCCUCCAGGUGCUUUCCGCCAGGAAGCGCCCAUCUCACGAGGUGGUGGUGCAGCAGCUCAUCUUCCCCCUGGAGCCUGGGACCCUGUUUACAGUUGUGGGGCCAGUCAUUUCACCGAGGAAUCACGGUCAUGUGGCAGCUGCCGAAGGUUGAGCCUCCUCAUGGUGCUAUAACCCCUUGGGUCGCUCAUCCAGACAUCUCUGCAACAAAACCUGAGCACCGCCCUAGAUCGAACAAACAGCGAGAGCAAAUCCACAGCGUUCUCCUACCCACACACCUGCUUCUGGGUGGAGACUACUGGGACCCCUCAAAAAAGAAAAACUGGGUCCCCUAGCUAAAUGCUCCACACCUAGGCACCCUCAGGAGAAUCCAGCCCGAGACUGGAGUUUGUGCUAUCCCCUUGUUCUCCAGCACCCGACUCCAUUCCUCACCAAAGUUGGCCAGCAGAUGACUCGGUUCCACGCCCAGCGGCAACCCCGCGCGAGCCACAGCUCCAGGCGGUCCUCGGCAGCAGCCCUCUCAUUUCCAGAUGAAGAAGACCAACAUUCUGUCCAGUGUAUUUGUUUCUUGAACCUGCCUAGGCACUAACAAUAAAAUUCUCGGUCACGGAGGCUCCUCUGGGACCUCACGUCCGUGUGUCUGUGUGUGUGUGUGUGCGUGUGUCUCACAGAGCAGUUUGCUGUUUCCUGUCUCCCGAGGCUUCACAGAAUAUUUUUUUUAAAAUCUAUGCUUUGUGGCCCUCUGCGGUGCUCACCUGUCUCUGUGUGAAUCCUUAUGCUGACGUCUUUUUCAGGGAGUCUUAACCAUCGGGAAGCCAGAGGCCGGCAGGUGAGAGGGUUUGCAAAGGAAGUCCUCAUUGGUGGCCAUGCUUUGGUCUGGAGUUCCCAACUUUCUGACCAAUCUAUCCACAAGGACUUGGCACAAAAGAAUGAUUUUCUUUUUGUUUCAUUUCUCGCCUUCUGGCUUUCCUAGUUUGCAAGACUCCAAGUGGACCUAACAUCGCUAUCUUUUCCUCCUACAAGGCUCAUACCAUUCAGAGAGACACCCCCUUUCCGUGGCCUCAGGGGUAACUACUUCCUGUGGUGUAUCCCACAACAGUAGGAAGGAGGCGGUGGUGGCCGCUCUUCCCGACGCCUCAGCACCUGGGACAGCACCAUGGACAGAAGCCCUGCACAUGGGGAGGUUUGCCUGGCCAAGUGGGACUUGGUCCUACAAGCCAGGAUUACGGACAGACCUGCAUGAGACAUUAGGGUCCUUCCUUGUGUUUGGGAGAAUUACUUGUUCUGUCCUAAUCCCACAUUUAAUACUGGGUUCAAGUGCUGAAUUAACUCAGAUCACCAACUAUUACUCCACCAUUUUUUUUUCCUUCCUUCCUCCUGGGCCUCAGCUAAGCUGAAGCUAGUAAAGUAGACUCUACAAGCCAACCCCAGUGGUGGCAUGAAAUGUGCUUUUGCAGAGGGUUUACUAAUGGAGUUGGUUAUAUGAAGAAAUGUGGUCCACUCUUACGAUGACUGACUACUGGCCAGUUCUGGCUUGUGGCCAUUAGUAAUAAAAUGGUCUUAGGGACGGUACGUUCCCAACAGGCCAAAGCCUGAAGAUGCUGCCCUUCCUAAUGGAAUCAGCUUUAUAUAUAUUCAUGAGCCCUCCGUCAACCUGAUCAGGGGCCUACGGGGCCACCCGCGUGGCUCUUCUCUCUGCCAGGGUCCAUGUGUGUCCACUUGGCCUAGCCCUGGGGAAGAAGGAAGUAAACUGGAAGACGGUAGAGUUUCAAACUCAGGACACCAAUCAAAAUUUGGGAGCUACAGGGAGAUGAGUGCAGUUGAAAAUUAAACCUGUGUCUACUGGGCCCUCCCAGUUGGGUGGGUGUUUUGGCUAUUUUUUGUAACAAUCAUGCCAUGGAGAAUUUCCUAUGACAACAGCAGUCAUGGGAGUAAGUGGCCCCUGGUUCCUUGAUUCAACAACUCUCACUUAGAGCAAUGGUUCUCUCCAUGCGUUUCCAGACCAGCGGCAGCUGGGAACGUGUUAAAGCCGGAAUUCUCAUGGUAGCGCCCAGCAGUCGGCUCUCACAAACCCGCUGGGUAAGAUGCACACUCCAGUUUGUGAUUCACUGUUUUAGAGGGAAAGCCCAAGUAUCAGAGUUCCCAGACUAAGGAUCUUUAAGACCAAAAAGAAGAAGGUCCUAGAUUAUAAUUCAGACUUUUAUUUCAAAGUCACUGUCCUCGUGCUUGUUUUUAUCUAGCACAGGAAGAAAGGGGGUGUGUGCUUUGGUGGGGAGGUGUUAAGGGAGUGUUAGCCUCUCCUCAUAGAAGACCACUUUCAGAGAAAAAUCUCGUGGCUCUGAAAAUGGGACCCUGCCAAACCAAGGGGCUUCAGCAAAGGAAAACAGUGGGAGGGCUCUUCAGCUGGAUCAUUUGUGUCUACUCUGAGCCCUCUGAUACAACAGCAUGGGAAAGGUCAAAAAGUCCAAUAUGUGUUUCCAUGACAACUUGCUCCCCGGCAACAUCGCUCUCCCUUAUCUGAGUUAGAAAGGGCACGAAUGGGUCUGAGGACCUGACCAUGGUCUCCUUCCCCAGGGCAGCUAACAAGUGAGGGCGCUGGGAUCCCAGGAUGGGCCCCUCUCGCCCUGCUCUGCUCCCCCAAGGGAGUCAGCACGAUGAAGAGACGGUCCUGGGAACCUAAGUCCCUGGGCCCACCCUGUCCUUUCCUCACGGGGACUGGAAUUCAGAACUACUCAGCCAUGGCGACAAGAUCUUUUAAAAGGGGAACUUUGCAUCUUUCCAAACGCACAGACUCUGGCGGAUGAGGCUGUUUACAGCUGGUUUGGGUUUAAGUUUGUUGGCUUUCCCUGUGAAAGCUUGUGGAUAGAGGACAAACGCGCUCGCACUCAGCCUUUGGAGAAAGGACUGACGCCCGAGGAAGGCGGCGUAAAACCGUUGCACUCACAUCACCCCCUGGGUCCCCAGAAGGCCGAUGGUGGGUCCUUGGGUCAUCUGUGGCUCUUACAUUUCCCUGCCGUUUCUCUGAGACAGAUUUCCCGUCAUCAGGCAGGAGCCCCCACGUCCCCGCCAGUCCCAGCUGCUGCUGCCCAGUGGCCUCCCACUUCCGAAUGCUUUUUAUAACGGAACAAUCUUUUAAAAAAUGAAUCCCAACCCCUGCUAGAUUCCUCCCCCCACCCAGUCCUGUGUUAGGCGGCAUUGUUUACGUGAUGGAGUCUGUUUCUCAAAUGCACGGCGGUCCUUGAGGAAGGUGGGCAGGAACUUUUGCAACACUUCUUAAUUUAUUGGGCAGGAAACCUCAAACCAGGUUAUGUGUAUGUCUGUGGAUUUUUCUCAUUUGACCCUCCUCUCUGUCACUCUACCCCCUUUUGUAUCUAAGGUAGAGAAAGCAAACCUGAACCUGGAAAGCAGAGCAAUGUAUAUAGUUGCGGUAACAAUCAUGACAGGCUGUCCCCCCAGUAAUUCGUUUUAAAUAUCAAAUUGGUUGAAAAUCAAAUCCAUGCCAGGGCCUGCUGAAGAGCCCCCCUCUGGGCCCUCUGACCAUCAGGCAUGUCUCCUCCCAGCAAGACUCAUCUGUUCCGAUGCCAUUUGCGUUUCAAUAAAGUUAUCUCCUGUGUUGUCCACCGGU